AUGGAGGGAGGUGCCAGGAACUUGAAGAGCUCUGGAUUCGCCGGCCUCUUCGACGUGGGAGGAGUUGCGGGGCUGGUUAUCCCUCUGACUGGAAUGAAUCCCUUGUCCCCUUAUUUAAAUAUUGACCCUAGAUAUCUUAUACCUACUGGAGCUAAUAAAACCAGGAGCAGAUUUGAACUGGCGUUCUUUACUGUUGGCAGAUGUUGCAUUACAGGAGCUGCUUUUGGAGCAUUAAAUGGCUUGACACAAGGUUUGAAGGAGACACAAAACAUGGCUUAGUCCAAACCUAGGAAUGUACAGAUUUUAAAUAUGGUGACAUGGCAAGGAGCAUUGUGGGCAAACACUCUUGGAUCUCUAGUGCUGCUGUAUAGUGUGUUUGGAAUCAUUAUUGAAAAAACACGAGGUGCAGAAGACGAUCUCAACACAGUUGCAGCUGGGACCAUGACAGGGAUGUUGUAUAAAAAUACAGGUGGAUUGCGUGGGAUAGCCAGAGGUGGCAUUGCAGGACUCAUGCUCACAGGUCUCUAUGCACUCUCCAACUGGGAACACAUGAGGGGCUCCAUGCAACAGCAGUCCCUUUGAGCAGAGCGGAGGAGGAAGCCUCUCUCCAUGUAGCACAAUCAGACUGGACCCCCUUCAUUAUAGUACCUAGCAGACACACCCCACUCAAGAUCACUG